AUGGCGCAGCUGCCGCCCAAGGUCCCCACCAUGGCGCCGGCCUGGCCGGAGUUCGGGGGCGGCCACCACCACCGCCACCACCAUCACCACCAGCGCAGCCCAUCCAUGGGCGCCUUCCUCGCCGCGCCAAUGCCGCCGCUCCCGCCGCCUGCGCAGCCAGCGGCCGCCAACGGGCAGCCGUCGUGGGUCGACGAGUUCCUCGACUUCUCGGCCGCCAAGCGCGGCGCGCACCGCCGCACCGUGAGCGACUCCGUCGCCUUCCUCGACGACGCCGGCAAUGCUGCCGGUGCCGGGGCGCACGAGUUCGACCGCCUGGACGACGACCAGCUCAUGUCCAUGUUCUCCGACCACCUGGCGGCGCCGCCGACGACGCAGCAGCAGCAGCAGGCGAGCGCGUCGUCGCCGUCCGAUCACAACAGCAUCAACGACGACAAGGGCGACACCGAGGAGGCGCAGAGCGACAGCAACGGCGACGGCAGGCAGACGUCCUCGCCCGCCACAGCUGACCCCAAGCGGGUCAAGAGGAUCCUGGCGAACCGGCAGUCGGCGCAGCGGUCGCGCGUGCGCAAGCUGCAGUACAUCUCGGAGCUGGAGCGCAGCGUCACGUCGCUCCAGACGGAGGUGUCGGCCUUGUCCCCGCGCGUCGCGUUCCUCGACCACCAACGCUCGCUGCUGACGCUGGGGAACAGCCACCUCAAGCAGCGCAUCGCGGCGCUCGCGCAGGACAAGAUCUUCAAAGAUGCUCAUCAGGAGGCGCUGAAGAAGGAGAUAGAGAGGCUGAGGCAAAUCUACCAGCAGCAGAGCCUCAAGAACGCGGAACACCCGGCACCCGACAACAACAACAACAGCAACAACAACGGCUUCAUCGCCAGCGAGGGGACCGCCGCUCCAUGUAUGCCCUCGUGA